GACAGUGUUUGUGCUUGUUAUGUUCACUAAAAUUUCAAUCUUAAUAACAUUGAUUUAUGUGUCAAGAUUGUUACAUAGUUACCUCAUUCUGUCGUGAUAUCUAACUGCAUACUCACUGAAUCUUAUAAUUCAAAAGUUGUAUGUUUUAAAUGAACGUUUGGUCUUUGUGUAAAUCAGUUUCAUAUCAUGCUAUUGGUAGGUACCCCAUUGACCUAACUCCAAAAAUCUGGAAUCACAUUGGAGAGUUUCUUGCAGUAUGAGGGUGGUGGGCUGAGAUGGCCGAGUGCCCUUGUUCCAACAUUUCCAUAAUGCAACUCUUCCAUGAACUCAAACAGAAGUUUCCUGCAGUUCCUGACAGUGUCGUUACCGAGUGCAUCAAACUAAACUCACACGACAGAGAGGCAUGUGAGGCAGUGCUGUGUAGGGAAGACCAGGCGUACAGAGGCAGAGUGGCUAGGAUGGCCGCGGAGUCUUGCAGACCAGACACUCUACCGCUGGAGGACACUGUGUGGGACUUUGACCGCAGACUCAUGGGACGACAGUCUCUGGACAGUCUACAGUGUGUGCAUGGAGCACGGCGGAUGUGCAAACAAUACUCGGAAGAGUUCUUGAAUAAACGCGAUGGUGAACAAAUUGGUGCGUUUUCGAGGUUGUCGAUAAGCGACGAGUGGCGGCGUGGUGUGGAGUGCGGGAGUGAAGAUGUGUGUCGUUGUGAGAGGACGAGAGUGAGUGUGAUGUCGUACGGUUCUCCGCACUCGGCCCCUGUUACACCUAGCAACCCCCCGCCACUCCCUCCGGUCACAGUGAAUGUGAGACACACUACGUCAUUGGACGUGGAGCCGACACCUCACUACAGACUACCUGAACCCUCCAGACCGUAUACUUCAGUCAACCUGACACUUAGACCACCCUCGUCCGACCCUCAGCCGCCCAUAGACAUCCGAUCCGGGGGUGGAGGGUUGACUUACUCGAGCUGCUCGUACGACCCCCGCCAGGGUUACCAGUCCCAUCUGCAGAUCAGCAUUGGUCCAGGAGGUACAGGCACUGUGACUGCGGCCAGGACACUACACAGGCCUCCCCCGGCACUGCGACCCACGGUGUCUAUGCCUGAUGUAGCCACCACCUCCACUCAGCUCACACAACCUUCAAACACCUUGCUCAACCUACCUCCUGCUACUCGAGCGCUGGUGUCCAAGCAGUUAGAGCGCAAGGAGAGGUUAUCCAGAGAGCUGGCCAGGUAUAGAGAGCGACUAAGCAGCAUGAAGGCAGAAAACCACUCUAUGGCCACUGACCUGGAGAAUAGACUGAGAGCACCAAACCCUUCUGCUAGGGUGAAGAAGCUGAAAGAAGAGAUCAGCCUCCUGCAGAUGGAAUGUAACCGGAUGACAAAGGAGGUUUACCACAAUGCAGAGCUCAGGCACGUCAACACUGAAACUUUACCUCUUGGAGAAACCAACGAAGAGUUUUACAAGAACAUUUACAGAGGCCAGCUGUUCCCUAGACAAGCAGUUCGCCAGAGGCCGACGACUGCCCCGGCUGUCACAGUGGUGGGGGAAGGCCGUCACUGGACUUGUCACGUUUGUACAUUCCACAAUCAUCCGGCACUUAACAAGUGCGAGCAGUGUGACAUGCCAAGAAUCAUCACAGGAUCAGAGACUCAAAACAUCCACAUCCAUGUGACUCAUCAUAAUGUUCCUUCUUCACCAUACAGACGAGUUGUACACAGUUGGGUUGUAUGAUAUUGCUCGCCUUUCAUCUGCCUAAUUAAACUUCACCCUUGUAAAUACUUCAGCCUAUUUUAUACCUCGAUCGUCAUCAGACGAUUGACAGUUACCAGUAAGCUACUCAAUAAAUCAAAUCUGUUUUUAUAAUUCUACAAGCGUACAGUGCUAUCUUAGUGAGCUGCAAGGUAAGAGGUAUGAAGGUCAUGUUCCAUAAGUAGUUUAGAACUUAUAUGCAAGAUAUACUACUCCGUAUGAAAUACCAAAGCAAUGAAAUGUGAAUCAGUAAGCUUAAAUAGAUACCUAUUGAUGAUUGGGUAUUUACUGUAGCAAAAUAUGCUUAAAUUAAGGCCCCUUUUGAUUUCUCGUCGUAGCUGAGCAAACUAGUUCCAAUAUGAGACCAAACCCUUGUAACUUACAUUAUCCCAUACUAUUCUAGCAGGCUCGCCCCCUCCCUAAUGGGAUGAUAAGUCUCGUCAUUCAAAAGCAUUCAGAGAUUUGACACUCCUGCCAAGCAGUAUAAGGUUAUAAUCACGUUCUGUGAUUUAGUCUUUGUAAGAAGAGGAUGAAUCACUGUUGAUUACUGUUGUCAGUUUACAGAUAUGCAGAAAUUGUUUUGACAAGAAAUGUGCAUUAGUGGCUUUGAGAGUUUCUUGACGCCCGUACUUAUUUGAACAGCAGGUCGGCAGUGGGUGUUCAUUAGUUUUCAUUGAGAGUGAUUGUAUUUGAGGAAAAUUUGCUUGCUGAUCGGCGUUUUUCAGACUUUUGGUCCUUGAUAGUGAUAUAGAGACGUCCCAAUCCCAAAUUAGUUUGAAUAUGUCCUUGUUCGUUCACAAAAUGGUCUGCAUCCAUAUUUUCCCCUGUCAGUGGUCACUGCCUUAGACCUAUGAACAUCAGUCGACCUACACCAUGGAAAAACAUCGUGCAAGUGAAGAUCACCUCCUAACUAUCUUCACUCUUUUCAAACAUUUUCUAUGUCCAAACACUUUAUUUAAUCCCGUCAACUGGUGAUAAACUUCAAUUGCAGUUGACGACUAAGACCACUGAAAUCCAAUCAUAUAUCUCGAUUUAUACUUGGAGAGUGUACAAUUUUCAUUCAAAAUAGCUUUAAAUACAAUGACAUAAACGAGACUAAUUGAAUGGCUCCCUGGAAAAACGUUCCAUGCGCCGUUUUGUAAACUUUACAGAAACUAAAAAAAACGUUAAGAGAGUAAUUUUUUAAAGAUUAUUUUUGGAUUUUUUUAGAUUCUGCUUGAUAGGUCUAGUCAAAACAAUGUUAUAAGGAUUUCUUUCAAGUAAAAAUCCAAAUUAUUAAGCUUUUGACAUUUUAAGUGUAAAUGUAGUGGAAAAACGUUACUUGGGCAUAGUUGAUAUGCACAAGCAACGUUUUUCUACUGAAACAUAGCACUCUACAA